AUGAAGGUGCUCAACAGAUCCGCGCCACACCUCUACCUUUUCAUGGCCGGACUCCAGAUCUUACAUCGGAGAUUCAGAUCACGACGACAAAAGCUGCUGCUCUAUCCAGAGGUAAGCCUGUACAACAUUGGACACAACGAUUCCUUUCUCUUGUACGCGCAUGCGUUAAAUAAAAGUUUGGCUGCCGGAGUGAACCCUCGAAACGGAAAACAGAUUGUUAAAAGAAUGUGGAACAGAACAUUCCAAGGAAAUGGAGGUCCGGUGUUUGUCAACGAAAAUGGAGACCGAGACACAGAUUUUACUCUCCUUUACCUUGACUCUAUCACGGGAAAGUUCCGGGGCGUUGCACAGUACCUAGGGUGGACCCACAUGUUUGAGAUUAUCACUGAUGUCCCCGUUCACUGGCCAGGCAGAAUUACAGCCCCACCCGACAAGCCCAAAUGUGGAUUUAAGGGCGAGCUUUGUGUGUCCUUUAGGUACCCAAGUUCACAUCAGGAAGCCGCAUAUCAAAUAUCUGCAAGUGGACAGAGCUCUGCUGUUGGAACUCAAAAAGUGAGCCUUCCAGAACUACUGUGGAUGGCCCCAGAACACCCCAGGAACUACCCACCACGCCAGAAAUCCCAGGCAGGCGAUGUAUACAGCUUUGCAAUUAUCCUCUACGAGAUCUGCACCAGAGCAGAACCUUAUGUGUCAGAGAUUUGGGACGCCAAACCAUCUCAAAAUGUACUCGAUGUGUUGUUGAAUCGCAUGGAGCAGUACGCUAACAAUCAGGUUUUACCAAGAACUGUAGCCAACCAGCUACGGAUUGGCAAUCCUGUUUGUCCGGAGUCGUUUGAGAGUGUUACCAUCUACUUUUCCGACAUUAUCGUGGAUCUCUUGAAUGACUUCUACUCGUGCUUUGAUUAUAUUAUAGAGCACUACGAUGUUUACAAGGAGUUUAUAACAAUGCCGUGUGAUGUGCCGACUUGCAUUGCCUUGAAAUGGGGAGCAUUUGCAGCGGAGAUGUUUUACAAGCACCAGCCACAUGUAAUCAUUGGGCCAGGUUGCACCCAUUCCGUCAAACCAGUUUCCCGAAUGGCUGUUACAUGGAACGUGCCACAUAUAACAUACGUUGGAACAGACGAGUCACUCGGCGAUAAAAAAGAGUUCUCAAUGUUGUCAAGAUUGUCCUACACCAUGAACGAGUUUUCCAAGUUCUAUAUCGAGGUUUUCAACGCAUUUGAUUGGAAAGACAUUGCAAACAUAUAUGAUAAAGAUAAUUACCUUCCUGAAUUGGUUGGCACCAGUUUACAAAGCAUUUUGGAUGAUAAGGUGGAACACAUUAAAUCUACGCCUAUCCACUUUAAUGCUAAAGCAGAGGAUCUCAACAACGAGCUUUAUCAAACUAUGGCAAAGGCGGCAUCAGUUUCAAGAGUUUUUGUCGUAUCUUGUCAUGGUGAUGUUUUACGUAAAAUGGUGAUCAUGGCGAAGUCAAUGACAUUUCUACCAUUCGGGGAGUACGUGUUCAUAUUUUUUUUUCAAUUCUUUGGCAACCCUAUAAUAGGAACAUUCGAAUGGUACAGAGGGGACUCCCUAGAUCCGGUUGCCCGUUUAGCGUAUGAAUCUGUGAUGGUGAUACGGCCCAGACGUCCAGUGUCAGAUGAGUUCUUCCAUUUUGAGGAGGAGGUGAAAGAGAGAGCAUUCAUAGAAUACAACUAUACUUGGAAAGAUAAAGACGAGGUUAGCAUAUUCAACAUAGGAUACUAUGACUCGUUUAUCCUGUAUGCGCAUGCUCUAAAUGAAAGUUUGGCUUCCGGUGAGGAUCCGCGAGAUGGAAAGAAAAUAGUAAAACAAAUGUGGAAUAGAACAUUUACCGGCAUCGGUGGUCCAGUGUUUGUGAACGCCAAUGGUGAUCGUGAGACCGAUUUUACGCUCUUGGACCUUGAUCCGAAGACAGGACAUUUUCGGACCGUAGCUCAAUACCUUGGUUGGACUCAGACGUUUGAAAUACUAAAAGAUGUGCCUAUACACUGGCCAGGCCGGGAUACAGCCCCGCCAAAUAGGCCACGAUGUGGAUUUAGUGGAGACGAUUGUCCCGUCAUAAGUGAGGGAUUUUUACAAUCGGCCGUCGUCGGGAUCAUCACGGGUGUCCUGUUUCUUGCCGUAAUGGGUGUUGCUCUAUUCUACUAUAGAUACAUGAGGGUUGACGAUGAAACCUCAACGGCCACACAAACCGCCGGUUCCCAAACCGUUGGUAUUUACAAGGGUUCACAAGUCCAUAUUACAAAAUUGGCUACUAAAACAUUAGUCGUAGACAAGCCAUUACUUUAUGAGCUGAAAAAGAUGAGGGAAGUUACAUGCGCGAAUUUGACCAGACUUGUCGGUGUGUGUCCCGACGCUAACAACGUGUGUUUUCUCACAGAAUUUUGCUCCAGAGGAAGCCUUCAGGAUAUCUUGCAUAACGACACACUUCAGUUAGACUGGGAUUUUAAGCUGUCCCUAAUAAACGACAUUGUUGAGGGGAUGCGUUAUUUGCACUCAAGUCAUAUCAGUGUACAUGGCCGCCUUACGAGUGCUAAGUGUGUGAUUGACAGUCGAUUCGUUCUUAAGAUUACCGGAUAUGGUCUCACCAGUCUAAACGAGUUAACAGAUGAAAACAAGUUGCAGCAGUCCUUCCAAUUGAUAUGGAUGGCUCCGGAACACCUCAGAAGUUACCCUCCACGUCAAAGCUCUCCGGCAGGCGAUGUCUACAGCUUUGCCAUUAUCCUCUACGAGAUGUGCACCAGAGCUGAACCUUACGUGUCCGAGUCUUGGUAUAAAUCUUUGGAAGAUACACUUGAAAAAAUAAGGCGCGGAGGAAUGUCUGUUAUUCGUCCUACGCUUACUGUGGAUAGCUUAUCUUCCGACAUCAUCAAUUUGACUACGAAUUGUUGGAAUGAACGUCCUGGAGAGAGGCCAACAUUCGAAAACAUUAGGAAAGUCAUUAAAGGCAUACGACUGAAGAGAGGGACAAAGCCUGCACAAAAUGUCCUCGAUGUACUAUUAAAUCGCAUGGAGGUGUAUGCAAACAAUUUAGAAGGACUUGUCGAGGAGAGAACGCAGGCUUUCUUAUUGGAGAAGAAGAGGUCGGAGGAGCUGCUUUAUCAGGUUUUACCAAGGAGCAUAGUAGACCAACUCCGAUGUGGCAACUCUAUUUGUCCUGAGUCUUUUGAGAGUGUGACUAUCUACUUUUCUGACGUUGUUGGAUUCACAUCUUUAUCUGCGAUUAGCACGCCAUUCCAGGAAAAUUUUGUCUUUUUUCAGGUCGUUGAUUUUCUUAAUGACCUGUACACGUGCUUUGACUCCAUUAUAGACAACUAUGAUGUUUAUAAGGUGGAAACUAUAGGCGACGCGUACAUGGUUGUAUCCGGUUUACCAGAACAGAACGGGACAGAACAUGUUCGACAGAUUGCUCGACUGGCUCUCAGCAUACUUAAGAGUGUUCGUAAUUUUGUCAUCCGCCACAGGCCGGACACACCCCUACGUGUACGCAUAGGAAUACACUCGGGUCCUGUGUGCGCGGGUGUGGUUGGACGUAAGAUGCCGAGAUACUGCCUGUUUGGGGAUACCGUUAACACUGCCAGUAGAAUGGAGUCAAACGGUGAACCUAUGAAAGUGCACAUCAGUGAUGCAACCGCAACCUUGUUGACCACCUACAAAACAUUUGUAAUGGAACUGCGUGGGGAUAUUGCUAUCAAGGGCAAAGGGGUAAUGAGAACGUUCUGGCUGCUGGAUGAAAUAAAAAGAUAGAAUGAUCAGAGUGCACCCUUCAUAGAACGCUAGUGUUACAAAUAUUGCAAUGUUAAUUUAUGUGUAUUCCUGCACAAGUCGGUGAGUAAUUCAACACAGAUGAAUACGGGUGUUCUGUUGCAUAUAUGUAACGGUAUUUUCUUCGCGUAGUGUAUAGAAGACUUUAACGUUACCUAAAUAGAUUUGAACCUCAGCGUGGUUUAAGUGGGCGUGCAAGGGCAGAUACCUGAACAAUAGCAAAUGACGAGAAUUUAACUGUGAAAACUGUGAAAUGUGUGGUGCCUUGUUCCCCAGUGUGGUUUCAUUGAUCGUUUCAUGGCGGUUACCCGAUCAAUUACCAAUGACAUUUUGUGUUUUGUGUUAUCAAUGUUGUCUUGUGCCCCACUGUGGUUUCCAAGGCGGUUUUCCCAAACAAUUACCAGAAACGCUUAUUUGAUAACUAACUGAAAUGUGUGUUCUUUUAUAGUGUUGUGUCUCUGUUCAAUGUUUGUUUUGCCUUCAUUUCUUCUGGACUUGUAUCUGUAUCUGUUUUUCUUAUAAAUUUACAUUAUUGUUCUUUACAAUUUGA